AUGUACCCUGACUUGUAUAAGGGGCUAGGUUUGAAGUCUGAGAACUUGGCGGCCUACAGUUCUCCUCUGGUGAGUUUUGAGGGAAGAAUGAUUGUCCCAAAAGGUCAAAUCAGACUACCUGUACAAAUCGGUACGGAUGUAGUGGAAGUGGACUUCUUCAUUGUAGAUGUUUUCUCUCCAUACACGGCUAUUAUAGGCAGACCUUGGCUUCAUACAGUGGGGGUCGUUUCCUCUACUCUACACCAGAAGGUAAAAUACCCAUCCGGAGGCCAGGUUUUGGAAAUAGUAGGAAGUCAGGCUGCAGCCCGACAAUGCCUGGUAGUGGCUAUCCAACAUCGACCAAAGGCGGAGACCUCGGCUACCGCCGAUAAUGGUUUAUGGCAAUCGAAAGCCCAGCAUUACCCUUAA